AUGGACACCAUUUCCUUUGCCAUUCAAUUUUGUUUUUUGCAGAAACCUGAUCAUUUAGCUGGCUUAUCAACUGGAUUAUGUCGGAGCCAUCAUCAACCACAUAUAUCUGUAACAACAACUCAUUCAUUGACAAUUGCUGGCAUCAAAUUUGCGGGGAUGCAUAGUCUAAUGCAAUCUGUUAACAAGGUGAAAUCACUGGCUACUUUCCAGCAUGAUGAGAAAUGCAAAGUUGGUGCUUACUUUUGGUUGGAUACUUGCAUGUUUGUUGGAAACAGUGACUUAUGUGGGAAGCAAAUUAAUAAGUUAUGCAAAGAUGAAGUUGGAAAUCAACAGCCUACAGGGAAUCAAAAUGUGAAAAAGAAUUCUGGAAGGUUACUUAUGAGUGCUUCUGCUACUGUUGGUGCAUUGCUUCUUGUUGCCCUUAUGUGUUUCUGGGGUGCAUCGAUUGUGAUGUUUCAUGGAGACUUGCCAUACUCAUCAAAGGAUAUAAUAAAAAAGCUGGAAGCUUUAAAUGAUGAGCAUAUAAUUGGUGCUGGAGGAUUCGGAACAGUCUACAAGCUUUCAAUGGAUGAUGGAAAUGUUUUUGCUUUAAAAAGAAUCGAUACUUCAAAACUCUUGCUCUAUGACUACUUAGCAGGUGCCAGCCUAGAUGAAGCUCUCCAUGAAAACGGUGAUGAACAAUUGGCAUGGGAGAAACGGGUGAAGAUAAUCAUGGGAGCUGCAAAAGGGCUGGCUUAUUUGCAUCAUGACUGUUCCCCUCGAAUUAUACACCGUGAUAUAAAAUCAAGCAACAUUUUGCUUGAUGGAAAUUUCAAGGCUCGGGUUUCUGAUUUUGGACUUGCAAAAUUGCUGGAAGAUGAAGAAUCUCACAUCACCACCAUUGUUGCAGGAACUUUUGGAUACUUAGCUCCAGAAUACAUGCAAAGUGGCAGAGCAACAGAGAAGACGGAUGUUUAUAGUUUUGGUGUGCUGAUGCUUGAGGUUGGGGGGACACCUGUAAUGGAACAGAUGAUUGUUGCUGGAAAGGUUGUUCCUAUUUUACAGUUGGAACAUGGAGUAGUUGUUGUUAGAGUGUAUAUAGGGUCAUUCAUGACUUUUCUUGAUAUGGCAGAGCAAGCAAUUUUGCAACGCCUGGAUGUUGCAACUAAGGCUCUGCAUUGGCCUAUUGGUGUUGAUGGUUGGUGGAUAUAG